AUGAGUUUAACAAACAAGUCCAACACUGAAACUCUCGCUAAAUACCUCAACCUUGAUCAACAUGGUAAAAUCCAAGCUGAAUACGUCUGGAUUGAUGGCAAUAGUGGCCUCCGCUCGAAGACAACAACCCUUGAUUCUAAGCCUAAUGACGUUUCUGAAUUGAAAGAAUGGAAUUUUGAUGGAUCUUCAACUAACCAAGCACCUGGUGAUAACUCUGAUGUUUUACUUCGUCCGGCAGCAAUCUUUAAAGAUCCUUUCAGAGGAGGCGAUAACAUAAUUGUCCUCGCUGAAUGUUACAACAACGAUGGAACUCCAAACAGGACUAACCACCGUCACUCUUGUGCUAAAAUUAUGGAAACUCAUGCAGAAGCUCAUCCAUGGUUUGGUAUUGAACAGGAGUACACACUCUUUGAUUUGGAUGGUCAGGUUCUUGGCUGGCCAAAAGGAGGUUUCCCAGGUCCUCAAGGCCCUUACUAUUGUUCUAUUGGCGCUAAUGUAGCUUUUGGACGUGAUAUCGUAGAGGCACAUUAUCGUGCUUGUCUUUAUGCUGGAGUUAAAAUUUCCGGUGUCAAUGCUGAAGUUAUGCCUGGACAAUGGGAAUUCCAAGUUGGUCCCUGCGAAGGUAUCGAUAUGGGAGACCAUCUCUGGAUGGCUCGAUACUUAUUACAACGAGUCUCUGAAGACUUUGGUGCCGUGGUUUCCUUCCAUCCUAAACCAAUUAAAGGAGAUUGGAAUGGUGCUGGCUGUCAUACCAACUAUUCAACUCAGGCAAUGAGAGAUGAAAAUGGUAUUAAGGCAAUUUAUGAUGCUAUAGAUAAGAUGGCCGAAAGACAUGCCGAACAUAUCGCCGUAUACGGUGAAGAUAAUGACCAGCGUCUAACAGGUCGUCAUGAAACUGGCCAUAUAUCACAUUUUUCAUUUGGCGUUGCUAAUCGUGGAGCUUCAAUUCGUAUUCCAAGACAUUGUGCUGCUGAAGGAAAAGGUUAUUUGGAAGAUCGUAGACCAGCUUCUAAUAUUGAUCCUUACAGUGUAACUCAUGUUAUUGUUGAAUCCACUCUUGGUUAA